AUGAUCGGUUCAUCAAUUAUCACCAAAAGAAUACGAAAUGUUCGCUGCCACUCACUCCUAGCAUCAGCAUGGAAUAGCAGUCAUCGCCAACUCGAACCAGAAAGCAUUUGUCGCCAGAAUAACAACUCUCAAACGAAUCCAAUUGCCCGCAAUCAUAGUAGCAAUGGCAACAGCAGCAGUAUUGACAACGACUCGAACGAUUUCCAAAUUCCCAAACCGACCUGGUCGAUACGGGAUCUGGAUUUGACUGCGAAACGUCCACCGCUUCCGGAGGAAGAACUUGAUCGACUGUCCAAAUUGGCGCUCAUUGAUUUCAAGGCCAUGGGUCCAAAGGAUCAAGAAUCCUUGGGACAAGAUCUUGCCAAUAUGCUGCACAUGAUUGAUCAAGUCACUCAAUAUGACGAUGAUGAGGACAAUGAUAAUGAUAAUAGUGACAGUGGUAACGAUGAUGAGAAUAUUCAAGCAGCGGCUCAGAUUUAUGAUCUGGUCCGAGGUGGUUUGACCAAAGCUCCACUCCGAAAGUCCCUAGAACAAGAUCACUUGCAAGACAAGGACGAAGAAAUUGCCAAGGACGUCUGGGAGAAGAUGCUCCAACCAAAGACGAAACGAAUGGGUGGAAGGCAUGAAUACUUUGCGAUUCAAACAAAGACGGAAGAAACAUCAGACUGA